CAGAGGAAAACUAUUUGCAAUCUUUUAUAAAUUUUGUUGAAUGGUUAAAUAAUAUUAGUCUCAAAUACUGCUGAUGUUGAGGAUGGAAAUUUUUGUGCUAAAUUAUUGAAACAAAGUAAGAAAAUCAGGGUUUUGGAGCUGGUUGAGAAAUAACUGGUCGAUAGAAGACAAUGGUCCAAAAUUACUUGAUGCUGUCAACUUUUCGAGGUUAAUUUUCUGAAUGACAUAGUAUAUUUAGGAAAACGUUUGUUCUAAUAGCUCGUAGCUGUUGACAUAUCGUUCGAUCCUAUUGCUCAUACUGAGAAAUACCGGGGGUGCGAAUUAAUAAGCAAAUUUCAAACAUCGAAUGUUAUACAAUAAACAAUUCAAUAAUUUAUACUGAAAACAGCUUUUUGAAAUAACUGCGAUAUGCUGUAUCAGAGAUUCCAUUGAACGUUGUCUCCGUCUUUUUACAGAGGUGAGCUGGAAGUUAGGUAACGUGAUUUGGCAUCGUCAGAUACAAGUAUCUCUGUGUGAUGUUUCCGUCAGGUCUCGGCUGCAAUCUAUCCUUCCCUAGCUGUCUGGGGUACCCUCAAGACAGUGAAGAAUUAAUUCCAAAGAUGGCACGUGAACCCAUCAUUCUGAAUGUCUAUGAUAUGUAUUGGAUUAAUGAGUACACGACCCCUAUUGGCCUGGGAGUUUUUCAUUCUGGUGUAGAAAUAUAUGGGACAGAAUGGGCAUAUGGUGGACAUACUCUACCAAUAUCUGGUAUAUUUGAUAUCAGACCAAGAACUGCAGAAGAACUAGGCGAACAAUUUAGAUUUAGGCAAUCCGUACAAAUUGGCUACACAGACUUCACCGAAGAAGAUGUGUCCAGGAUUAUUGCAGAGCUUGGUAAAGACUUCCGUGGAGAUCGUUAUCACCUUAUGAACAAGAAUUGCAAUCAUUUUAGCAGUCAAUUAACACAGAUUCUCUGUGGUCUGGAAAUUCCUGGCUGGGUAAAUCGGCUAGCAUAUUUCAGUUCUUGUGUUCCAUUUCUUCAACGUUGCUUGCCCAAGGAAUGGCUGACUCCUGUAGCACUGCAGCAUUCUUUGAGUCAUGUCAGCCAUCAUGAGAGCACAACUCCUUCAGAUACUUCCUUCUAACAUUUGGCCAAUGACGUCGACAGCGACGCGAAUGUUUUAAAGUGCCGCAGAAGUCACACGUUCUAGGUAAAAGUGCCGACUGAAACAAUUGAAUCGUGCAGAAGAAGAAAAAAAAAUAUUACACCAAUGUUUUCCAAAGUCUGGUAAUAGUUAAGCUGUGGGGCAAAUUAAAAAUAAAAUUUAAUAGAUACAUUUAAACGAAUCUAUUUACUUGGGUUUCUUAAGCAAGAGUUAAGCGCAACAAAUUUUUUACGAAUAUUUUAAGCAUUAGCCUCUAUUAUCCAGACGACAAUGAAAUUUGGUGACUGACUGAUGUUUAUUAUUCCACAGACUUUGAAUAAUUUAUAAUAUCAUCAAACAAGUCUCCGAGCCAUGUCAAAUGCAUGAAAUAUAUUAAUUAUCAAACUAUUUUGCCCAUCAGCCUGUCUGCCUCCGAAUGUAGUUGUUGUCUAUUAAAUUUCGUGACGGCAUGUAUGAACGAUGUUGGAUUGAAAUAUUUAAAUCAUUUUUACUCAAAUCUCACGUUCAAUGAAUUUUCUAUAAAAAAAAAAUUCGAACCCGAUUCAGUUUCCUUCAAUUAUAAACGGAAGCAAACUGAUACUCAUAUUUCAGAAAAAUUCACGUACAUCAAAUGAAAUGCUGUAUUCACACUCUCAUUCGCAUAAAUUUAAUAUAGAUCAUAGUUUUGCUGCAUGAACAAAAUUAUUUAGUAUUGAUUAAUUUAUAAACUAAUCAAUUUCUUAUCAAUGAUACAAUAGAAUGUAUUCUUUAAUUUAGGCACUUAUUGACAGUAUACUUCAACUGGUAGCUACAAAGCGGCUAAAUUAGUAUCAAUAAAAUAUUACCGCCGUUUAACACAUUGUAUCGUGCCUCGUCAUAAAAUUAGAAAAAUUUGGAUACUAAAUAUAUAAAUAAAUUCAUAUAUAUGGACAUAAGAUUAAACUUUUUGAAACUGUCUCAAUCGUCAUUUUUGAUAUUUUUAAAUCUAGUUUUCAUUACUAAAGCAAAGUUAACCAUCGUAGUUUAAUAUCGUGUUUGCAAAUAUAUGACACAUGCUCAAGUAAAUCUCUGAAUAAUUUCGGAUGAAAUAACUUACACAAAAUAGCACACGGUAUGCCAUUGUUCAGCCAUCAUUAUAUUGUUUUCAUCAAGAUUUUGUAUAAAUCGAACUAGAUAUACAUACAUAUAUUGCUAAUACGCACCAAUAAUCAUGAAAAUCUUGAGACUCAUAUGCCUGCACAAAUUAAAUUAAGUUAUUCUUAUCCCGCGAGGCAAUAUUUUACUGUUGUAAAAUAUAUUACAGUGCAAGUGUAAAGACUGUACGGUUCAUUUGAUAUUCGAAGUGUCUUCUGAUUAACACGUUUGCAUCAAAAGGUAAAGAAUAUUUGGCUAAAUAACUGAAUAUUUCUCCUCUCAUCAUUCCAUCGUUUCAUAUUGCACAUUUGAAUGAGGGAUAUGAUCAAGAUGAUUUAAAAUAUUGAGAUCUGGCGAAGUUAGACAUUUUAAUAUUACAGUUAGAUAAAUGAAUUGAUUAUCAAUGAUGUUAAAUACCCCGGCAUAUUGGUAUACCUAUAAUAUAUUUUGGAAUUAAAGUAACGUUAAUAUCAAUAACAACAACAAAAAUAAUAAUAAUAACAUUAGUAAUGAUAACAACAAUAACUCUGAUAUAUUACGUAUACCGGCUUAUAUGAAAUAUUAUUAAAAUUCCAUUUCAAUAUGUACCAUAUAAUAUAGGUAUACCUAUAUUGUAGUUAAACGAUGAUAAUGAUUGUUUCAAUAUUCAUCUGAAACAUUGACUUAGAUUUCUAGAGUAAUGUUACGUCCAUUGAUUGAUAUACAUACAUAUGUUUAUUCUUGGAGGAUCCUUAAAAUAUUAAAUGAUAAGUUAGAUGAAAGGUGAUAUCGUUACAUGGAGUUUAGGGUCAUAUAAUAGAAUUUCCUGCUCUGUUGGAAACGGUGAUGAAAAAAACAAUUAAUGUAACUUAACGGCAACGACAUAGAAUACUUUGAAUUUUUAGCAUAAUCUUCAAGUUUUUGAUCAAGUAUUAACUAUGAGUAUUAACUCAAUGUUAAAAUGAAAAGAAAAGUACGAUCGUUUCUGUGUAAUUAUGAACAGUUUACUUCUUGAGCUUACCAAGUGAUACUGAAUCUUGGGUUUUCCACAAACUAGGAUACUGAAUCUGCGCGAGUGCCACAGAAUGCAUGAAUUAGUAGCAGUGGAAAUAGCAGCGAACAGUUGAAACAAAUUCUUAAAUUGAGCAAUCCAAUUUGUCAAAACUUAAACGAAAGUCGCACCUAUAUUUAUAUCAUAGGCCUAACAUUAAAGAUAAUACCAAAAAUAACAAUAAUAAUUGUGGUAUCUUUCCGAUGAAUUCCUUGGUUUAUGUAUCGAUUCUAAAAACCAAGAAAUAUGUAUAGUAUAUAAUGGAUAUACAUAUGUAUAUAUUAUACAUAUAAAAUGUAUAAAAGUACAGAAGCAUUUUGAAAUAUUUAGCUCUAUGUUCCUGAACGAUAGCACAGUAAUUGAGUGCGACUCAAAUUCUCGAAUACAGGUAUGAUCGUAUCGCCCUGCGUAAUAAUCAUUGUUUCAUGUGAAACCAUAGAGAUAAAAGAAUUGCAUCCUAUAGCAAAGGUAUCAUUAUGCAGGUGCUGUGAUAGACAUACGAGUCAUUUGAACGUAGGUAUGUUGCCACAUGGAUAAUUAUGUGACAUUAAAUUGAAUAUUAAGAUUGAUUUGUUUGCAUUUUUAUUCACCGAUAGCCUGAUUUAUAGGCAGUAAAUUGGAUAUUGGUUAUAUCAGAUAUCUGUGAGUACAUACAUACACAUUGGACAUUAAAGUUUGUUAAAUAAAUGUAAGUUUUGCAAAUGA